CUCCCCUUUUCCACCCCCCCCCCCUCCAUCCUUCCCCUCCGCAUUACUGUAACUAUGCUCUCCCGCUUCGCCUCUCUUCAGCGCGCUGUGCCCCUGCUUUCGGCCGCCGCCCCCCGGCGCUUCUACCACCCGAAUGUCAUCGACCACUACGAGCGCCCGCGCAACGUCGGUCUCCUGGACAAGAAGUCCUCUUCGGUCGGUACCGGCCUUGUCGGUGCCCCGGCCUGUGGCGAUGUCAUGCAGCUUCAGGUUGAUGUUGAUGAGAACGGCCGCAUUCGCGAUGCCAAGUUCAAGACUUUCGGCUGUGGCUCGGCCAUCGCCUCCUCUUCGCUGGCUACCGAGUGGAUCAUCGGCAAGUCCCUGGACGAGGCGGCUGCCAUCAAGAACAGCGACAUUGCCAAGGAGCUUUGCCUCCCUCCGGUCAAGCUCCACUGCUCCAUGCUCGCCGAGGAGGCCAUCAAGAAGGCCCUCAGCGACUAUGAGAAGAAGCAGGCCGCUCUCAAGGCUGCUUCGGCCUGAGCGCGCCCCCCCCCCCCCGCCCC